UUAAUUUGUGACCAAAAGCUCCUGCAAGGUUGAGUUUCAAAAACCUGUUUCUUCAGCUGACUGCUCAAGAGGCUCUGAAGCUCAAUCUGACAAUCUGCAAUAGAAACAAAAGGAAAAGGUGAUCGAGAAUUGGCUGGCGAGAAACACGUUUUGACAAUGAGUCAUUCUCAAGGUGCUUCAUCUAGAGCAGGGUCUUUACCGUCUUUCCCUGGCACCUCUGGUCUUCAUCCUACUCUAAUGGACGACGUGGAGACAGCUAUGUCAUCCGAGGAGCCAAACUUUUUCCAACCACAACAAACUAGCGAAAAUGCAAACCAAUCACAAGUACAGUUGGUGGAGCUAGUUGUAGAAGAGGGGAAGCCAAGCUCAAGUGAUAGCAAAGACUCUGGCGAGAAUACAAGAAUGGGGGAAAGAUCUCAACCGCUGGAGGAAAGGUCUCAACUGCCAGAGCAAAGCCCUAAAUUCCUGGAAGAGAUGUGUAAUUCCCUGUAUCGAGCUGCUCUAAAAAACGAUUGGGAAGGUGCUAGUAUCGUAUUUGAUAAUUACGGAGAAGGUGCUGCCAUGCUUCCCAUAUCACAAGAAAGAAUGAAUACACUUCAAGUUGCAAUUGCAGUUACAGCAAAAUACACAACUUUAGUAGGAAAACUGUUGGAUUAUAUGAAUCCGAAAGAGUUAGAAUUUAAAAAUAGCAAUGGAGAUACAGCCCUUUCAAUUGCUGCUCUAUCAGGAAAUGUGAAACUUGCUAAGGAGAUGGUGACGAAGAACAAUAAACUGCCAAUGAUCCGAAAUAAUAAAGGAAUUCUACCACUUCUCACAGCAGCUAUGCACAAACAUAGAGACAUGGUGUUGUAUCUAUAUUCUGUGACUGAUUUUGAUCAAUUGACUUCUGCUGAGAGGAUUCAGCUCCUUCUUUGUACUAUUUCCUGGGAUAUGUAUGAUAAGGCACACGAAAUCCUGAAAAAGGAUUCAACAUUAGCGACUGCCGAAGAUCAAAACAAGUGUACAGCAUUGGAACAAUUGGCAAAAAAACCUUUUGCGAUGUCAGCCUGGGAAAGAUUCAAAGGCUUCUGGUUUGAAAGCAUCUAUCGCAAAGCUUCGAUGCGGAUGUUAGCCUAUACAUUAGUUGAAUUCAUUUGGAGAGAAGUUCAAAAAUUACAAUCGGAAGAACGAAAAAAGUAUUCAUCUACAAUUUUCCUUGCUGCAGAGUUAGGGAAUGUUAAAUUUCUAACUAUACUCAUACGCUCUGAUCCUGAGCUCAUAUGGAUGACUGAUGGAAAGAAGCGAAAUAUAUUUCAUAUUUCUAUUAUAUAUCGGCAAGAAAGUAUAUUCAAUCUAAUACAUGAGAUAGGCAUUUUCAAAGACAUGAUUGCAACCUGUUGCGACAAUGAUGGGAACAACAUGCUGCACUUAGCUGGAAAGUUGGCAUUUGCAAAUAGACUGAAUAUCGUAUCAGGAGCAGCCCUUCAAAUGCAACGAGAAUUACUAUGGUUUAAGGAGGUUGAAAAGAUUGUGCCCCUUGCAUUCUCAAGUGCGAAGAAUUUACAAAAACAAAUGCCCAAUGUUUUAUUUAAAAAGACACAUGGAAAGUUACAAAGAGAUGGUGAAAACUGGAUGAGGAACACAUCAACAAAUUGCAUGCUUGUGUCAACAUUGAUUGCCACUAUGGUUUUCGGUGCGGCCUUCACUGUACCAGGUGGAAAUAAUCAAGUAAAGGGAAGUCCUAUUUUCUUGGAACGUAAUUGGUUUACAAUAUUCUUCGUGUCAGAUUCAAUAGCAUUGUUAUGCUCUACAUCUUCAGUAUUAAUUUUCUUGUCAAUUCUCACAUCUCGUUACACAGAACAUGAUUUUCUCUAUUCAUUACCUAAAAGGUUGGUGUUAGGACUAACCAUGCUCUUCAUCUCCAUAGUAGCCAUGGUCGUAGCCUUUAAUGCAACCUGCUUUUUGGUCUAUCAAAACAAAACGGCAGUUAUUCCGAGUGUUACAAUUCUUCUAGCUUGUAUCCCAAUUUUAUGUUUUAUUCUGCUACAUUGUAGACUUUUCUUUGAUAUAGCCCGCUCAACAUUAUGGUCUAGAUAUCUUUUUCAGUCGGGUAGGCAUAAGCUUUUCUAGCAAGUGGAACAUGUGUAGUAAUCCAACACUUUGUAAUGUAUUUUCAAAUUUCUGGUGCU